CCGGGUUGGAACUUACAAGUUGCAACCAUGUGACAUGAGCCGCACAUGUCCCAGGCCGGACCUUCCCUCUAUUACGUUCUCCUGCACAACAUUCCCCUGGUUCUUUCCCCAUUGCUCGUGAUAUUCAGCACUCUAGACUUCCUUACGUCCUCGAGCAAACCUCCUCUGGGUUCUCUUGCUCAUGUGUUUAUCAGCUACAGGCCAAACUCAGCCUCAGAGUCAGCCGCCGGGCCGUUUCAGGACGUAGGCAGAUGCUCCGGCGUGGACGCGCAGCACGGAUCACCACUGCCGAAUUACGUACUGAACCUCCCGUUGCCCGCCAUUCGCACACGGACAUUAGUAGCCAGGUUAUCUAACUUGACAAAUCUUCCUUCAGCCGGAAGAAGCGAAUUUAGAGACUUAGCCCCUGCACUGUGAUCAUUGACCAAACGCAACUUGGAGGAACCCCGCUUCGGGACCGUGGAUAUCGGUUGUCCCAGGUAAGAGGGUACUUCCAUGUCUCGCUGGCGGCGGAGGAAAGCAAUAGAUUCAUCAACCAGGUCCGGUAACCCAGUCGGCCGGGUUAGAAUUCCUUUCGGCUGCAGAUUUGGAUCUUCGGUAUCGGCGAAAGGCCAGAAACCAAACCUGACUUCCUGACACAUUGGUUCUAC